AUGAUGGGCAGGACGGAACUGAUCGCUGGCAAGACCGGCAGUUGCUGUCGAGGAUCUCGUAAUCAUCAGCGUCUUCUUGCUCGUCCUGCUGCUUCAUGUCAUUGGAGAGAUCGUGACGGAUGCGCCAGAUACGGGGAGGAGGGGCAGUGGCUAGCGAGUCGUAAUGGUGAUGGCUGCAGGCGUCGUGAGGGCCUGAAGAGGCUGGCCAGCUGUGCCUUGGGCCCGUGGCUAGCAAGAUGUGCUUCUGGAGAUGGAUAGUGUACAUAUGCCGG